AUGUGGUCAGUGGUCACUCCGCUUGGUUCCUGGUUCCUGGUAAGUGGAUACAGAUCGGGAUGGUCAAAAAGGUUUGCGGCAUCGUCGGCGGCACAGUGGUCGGACAGCUUGGCCCGAUCGCGCGGCAUGAUCAAAGCUCGACACGGGUCGACGCACGCGGACCUCGAUCGUCCCGCGUCACGUCCCGCGCGCGCCAUGCAUCGCUUGCCUCCCGAACUCGCCCGCUUGCCUGACUGCGUCUUUAACUCAACAACGAAUGACCUCAGCUCAAUUCGUUUGACUGACUCUGAGAUGCCGCCCUAUUGGUACACAGCUCUCGCAAAAUAA